GGUGGUGCUGUGGGGUGACAGUGGGGUAGGGGCUCCCUGGGUCCCCACACGGUGCAUGCCUAUUCCCCAAGCCAUGGCGCUGUGCCAUGACAUUGGCUACAUAGAGAUGCAGCUGCCCAACUUGCUGGAUCAUGACACGGCAACUGAGGCUGUCCGGCAGUCAGUCAGCUGGUUGCCCCUGCUGGCCAGGGAGUGCCACCCUGAUGCCCGCCUCUUCCUCUGCUCCCUUUUUGCCCCUGUGUGCCUUGACAGGCUCAUCUACCCGUGCCGCAGCCUGUGUGAGGCCCUGCAGGCCAGCUGUGCGCCCAUCAUGGCCUGCUACGGCUACCCCUGGCCCGCCAUCCUGCAUUGCGGCCGCUUCCCCGCCGGGCACAGCCUCUGGGUCGCGGCUGUCUCCGUAGGCUCCCGCCUGGGCCGCCCACUGCCGCGUGCCAGCUGCAGGGACUGCGAGUUGCAGGACGCCCGCUCAUCCAACGAGGUUCUGGAAGCGCUCUGUGCCAGCGACUUUGCAGUGAAGGUCAGGCUCUCCCGAUGCAACGGCUCGUCCUUUGGCCUCUCAGACUGCAACCUGGACUCCGGGCUAGAGGUGCUGAAGGCAGGCCCACUGCCUGCUGUGGAACUGGCACCUAUUCUGCGUCGCUGGCUGCAGCUGGAUGCCACAUGCAUGCACAACCUCUUGCGAGGAAGGCAUGCUGAGACCUACGUGCUAAGCGGGGAGGUGCAGGGCCAUCGAUUGCUGGUAACCACAGCCUACGCCUGGAGCCAAGGUCACAGAAAUCUGCAGUUGGCGGUGCGCAGGUGGCACCAUCACCAGUGCCCAGAAUAGGAGUUAAUGCAGGAAGAGCCUGGGACUUCGUAGCCACAGCCUCAGCAGCAGCCAUACAAACCAUGUCCCGCCCUGGCUGGACAUACAUAAAACCCUCUAUCUGCUGCCCUUCAUGGAUACUUAUAGACCAGCCCCAGGAACAGCCCAAGCAGGGCAUAAACCCUUCUGUGAUCAACGCUAAAGGGACCCUUCCUGAGCUAUAGUGCUCUGCCCAGACAUGAAGGAGGCUGGCUCCCUGGCAGCUGUGUGUGCUGGGUAGGAAAGACCACCUUUCUGUCCCAGGCCUGGGAUGACAGCCUGGCAAAUGCCCACAAGCCCCAGCAGCCCAAUCUAUUCUGGGCAGGAUGCUACUUGUCAAGCCACACACAGACUGCCUCAAGCCGUAGGCCCAUGCAAAAGCACAGGGGGUGGAGAGAGGUCCAUGCAGAAAAUUGUAUUAAGCUGCUUACAAAUCUGAACUUAUAUGCACACAAAAAGUUCUUCCCCUAUUUCUGGGCCUCCAGUGUUUGUCAAGAACACAGUGGUCUUAAGUAACUGCCUAAUUGUUUUCCU